AAGCUGGCGGGAAAAGGCGGAAGAGCGGCCGCUGACGAAGCCGGGAAGGCCGCCUGGGAGUUGUAAGUCUCAGAAAGACUGAUGAAGGCAGAAAAGAAAGAGCAUCUUCUACCAGAAAAAAGGAAGAUGAAACAGAAGAAGAAAUCCACGAAGCAUCCGAAGCCACAAACGGCACCAGAGGAGGAUGAACCUGUACUGAAAAAACAUAAACUAAAUGGGAAAAAACAAGAGGAAGAGGAGACAGGAGAAGAACUUUCUCCAGAGGAGAAGAGGAUAUUGGAACGAAAGCUGAAGAAGGAGCGUAACAAAGCACAGAAGAAAUUAAUGCGAGAAGCGGGGAUCGGGGCCAAGAAGAACGAACCUAAGAAGCCAUCGGGGUCAGAGUUGGCCCUGGACUAUUUAAACACCUGGUCUGAGAGUCCUCAAGGCUGGAAAUUUCAGAAGACCAGGCAGACAUGGCUUCUUCUGCAUAUGUAUGACAAAGACCAGGUCCCCGAUCAAUAUUUCUCCAUUUUGCUGCGGUAUCUUGAAGGACUUCAAGGCCGUGCCCGGGACACAACGGUGCAGAAAGCCGAAGCUCUGAUGAAGGAGUACGAUCACUCUGAAAUGGAAGACAAUCUCCUGGAAGAAAAACGUGAACGUAUCCGGAAGGUUUUGCAGUUGCUCUCAUGAAAAA